GCGCGGAAUCCCCGGGCGGGCGCGGGCAGUGCCACCGGAGGCCCGGCGGUUUCAGAGCUUCGCCCGGGACGACGAACCGCGGACGAGCCGAGUGCGGGAAACCCGGUCGCGCGUACUACCGACCGACCGAUCUUCUACCAGUGGACAGUAGUAGUGUCCGAGAGAGGGUUGCAACGGGAGAGCAAGAGAGGCUGAGGGCCGAACGAGAGAGUGAACGUCGACGAUAGAAAGAGUACGGAGAGAUCGCAGCAGAUCGCGGAGUCGUUUCGCGUGACCUUCGCGCGUUGGUGCACGUCUUCCUUGACGUCUUCCUCGCGAGUAACAGAGGGAAGCGAGCGUUAGGUGUCCCCUAUUACGGGGACACACACUCACGGGGCUACGCAGUGUGUGUGAAGCUCUCCUAAGCAACAUCUCGGCGGAGUAACUCGGAUACGUGGAGGAGAACGAGGGUACUCGGUCCGCCGCUUGCUUGCGUCACGGUGAAGAAAUCCGCGCGCGCGAGAUAACCCGACGGCAGCGAGAUAAUGUGAUAUCAGUGUAUCGCCGGAGAAGCGGGGAAGGGAGAGCGCGAGAAGAUCGGCGGAGGUGCGCGAAACGACGAGAGAACGAAAAGAGGGCUGCGACGAGGACGAGGAGAAGAGUGCGACCGCCGCCACCGUCGCCGCCACCGCCGCCGCCGCCGCCGUCGCUGCUCGCUCUCGGGAAGAGUAUGCGCGAGUCCUGGUAGCACCGGUCGCGGCCGGGGGAUGAGCGCGCGGACGACGACGGAGAUUUAGGUGGAGGUGCGCCGCGAAGAAGGUGCACCACCGGCUGGCUCCAGCUGCCGCGUGCCGCUGUUCCAUGAGAUGUCAGUGGAUCCGUCGCGAACAGUCGCCACGCCGUCGUCGCCGUCGUUGUCGUCGCUGUCGUUGUGAUCACCAUGAGGCGGUCCUCCUACGUCAACUACUAUAUCCUGUGCCUCGUGUGCUGGAUCCUACUAGGCAUUACCGGGGUGAGCACGAGAUCCCAUUCGUUGGUGAAGAGGUUCGACGGGAUUUACACGGGGCCUUACUUCGACUCGAACACUCCAACGAAUAUCACGGCGCAGUUGGGCACUCAUGCUUACCUGCCGUGUAAAGUGCGACAGCUCGGUAACAAAUCAGUCUCCUGGAUCAGAAGAAGGGACUCGCAUAUCCUCUCGGUGGACAGGACCAUGUUCAUCCCGGACGAGAGGUUCCAGGCGAUUUUCGGGGAGGCGGACACGUGGACGCUGCAGGUGAAGUACGUCCAAGCGCGCGACGAAGGCGAGUACGAGUGCCAAAUCUCGACCGACCCGAAGAAGAGUCACAUCAUCAAGCUCAACAUCGUCGUGCCAAAGAUCGAGAUCUUGGGGGACCGUGACAUGUACGUGAAGACCGGAAGUACUGUCGCGAUACGAUGCGUGAUAAAGCAGUCCCUCGAGGGCCCGUUCUACGUCUUCUGGUACCACGAGGGCGAUCGCGUGCUGAAUUAUCAGCUCGGCAAGAUCGACAUUCAAACGAAGCGAAUCGAUCAGGACACGGUGAGCAGCCUUGUGAUCCACAACGCGAGACGGGAGGACUCGGGUAACUAUACUUGCAGCCCGAGCAACCUGGACAGCGCGAGCGUGCAGCUGCACGUGCUGAACGGGGAGCAUCCCGCCGCGAUACAGAGGGGCAUCAGCUCGGCACCGGGCGGCUGUCCGACGCUCUGGUGGCUGGCAGGUGUGGUGACACUGUACUCGAGUCACGGCAGCCGCCAGCUCGUCCUCGCUCUUCUGCUCCUCAUGGUUCUCUACUCGAAAAAUCCAUCUUACUUUGCGACGGAACGAUAAUCAGGCAAGACCGGUGGAUGGUAUACGCGAUAAUCGAUUAUCUCCUGCUACGAGACCCCGACUACCUCGAGAGAAGAGAUCCCCGACGUUCUGCGGACCGAUUUUCCCGAGAUGAUUAAAAAUGGAAAAAAGAGUGGACGGGCGGAAGGAUCACAGAGAAGAGAGAGAGAGAGAGAGAGAGAGAGAGAGAGAGAGAGAGAGAGAGAAAGAGAGAGAGAAAGAAAGAGAGGAAGGGAAUGAUGUAGCGCGAUAUAAACUGGGAUCGGAGAGAAGAGAAUAACGAUUCCGGAGGUAGUAUGUUUUUUCUCCGUGCGCGAAGUAAGGAGUUAGAGGUUCAUCUCGACUAUCGUCGAGAUCAGCGAUCCGGCCGUUAGAAAUUAGGGAUUAGUUAAUUGUAUGAAUUUCUUGUUGAAUUGCCGCGAGGGGGAGUUUGAGCGCGCUGGAGAGAGGGCCGUGAGACAUUUUUUGGCGAUGCCGUCGUGGCGUCGUCGAGAAUGCAAAUUCCGACCGGGCUCGAGUGACGACGAUGACGACGACAACAACGACAAUUACGACGACGAUGACAAUGACGACGACGACGACGGGUGGUCCGUGAAUACGCGCGCACGAUUAAGGAUUCUCGGUGAAAAAAGCCGGACUAAUCGAUCUUGCUUUUCUUACGUGAAACUGUCCUCCAGAUUAAUGCCUUUUUCAUCGAUUUCAAUCUGUACAAAACAAAAUUACCGUACGAGACGUCGCUGGUAAUUGUCGAUGGAACUGACACCCGCGAAGGUGACUUGGAAUUUGUCGCGCUCGCGGAAUCGUUUCGCGAACCUCCCGUUCGUCAGCCCGGCGAAGGGUAGGAAGGGUUGCGAAGUCUCAAGAAGGUAUAGGAGUGCCCUAAGAACGAUCUCGAUCGCGAGAUCCUGUCGCGAGGGCGUUGAGUGGUUUCGUAGCGUCCGUUACUGGAACAAGAGGGCGAUAACGUGACGGGGAAUAUAUAUAUAUACGGCAAUAGAGAAGUGAGAACGCGAAAUAAAGAGAAAGUUAGGUUAAGACAGAGACAGGGAGAGAGGGAGAGAGAGGGGAGGGGGUGAGACGAGAAGGCCACAGAUAGACACGUCGACGAGGAGUGACGACGUUAGCCAGAGAACCGUCGUGAGGGUAGAGUGGAAGAAGCAGAUUAAGGGAAAAAAAAGAAACACUUCGUCCGCGCCGCUCGGAGACAGAAUUGAAACUUGUUCGAUGAAUUUUUCGAAAUGCGAUGUGAUUAAUUAUAUUCGAUAGCGACCGAUCAAUACAGACGUGUCUAUACUCGACGUCUUACCGCGCGAUUUAGGAUCGUCCUGAGACCGAGCGAUCUCGGCCGUGUGUCGUCCCUUGGACGAUUCGUCGAUACGCGCGCGCCGAAGGUAACGAAAGCUCUUUAAAAUUCGUCUUAUCGAUCAGCGGGUUGGUUCC